UCCUUAAUCCUACUAUGUUCAACCUCCAUUAAUAAUGAAAUUCAAGGUUUGAAAAAAAUAAAUCUUGGAUCACCAAUUUUUAACAAUGCCAAAAAGAAUGAGAGUAAAAGAUGUCAAUCGUCUGGAGCUCUACAUUAUCAAUUAUCCUGAUCAUUCUAAUUAUGGUUUACGGAUGUUGCAAUGUGACAACUACAUGCCGCCGGAUCGGUACAAUCCAAUAGUGGAGGGGCAUUUACGGGACACCAGCUUUUAUCAUGUUUCGCAUAUUGGAGUUGUCCAAUGUCAGUCGGCAUUGGUUAAUGCUUUGAUCGAGAGAUGGCGCCUUAAGACUCACACAUUCCAUUUUCCAAUUAGUGAGUGUGUCGUGACGUUGGAGGACGUGGCAUUAAUUCUUGGUCUUCCGACGAAUGGUCUGCCAGUUACAGGACCGACAUUCAGUAGUUAUGAGGCAUUAGAGGGUGAAUACUUGGAUCAUUUUGGUGUUACACCUAAGAAGGCAGACUGUAGGUGAAGUUUUAUCAAGUUGACAUGGUUUCGAGGUUUGAAAGAUCGUUUAGUGUUGGUUGAUGAUAUUUAGAUUCAGGGGUACGUGAAGUGCCACAUAAUGUUAUUAUUUGAGACCGUCGUGUUUGGAGAUAAGUCUGGGGCAGGGGUGCACUGGAAGUUUCUGCCUUUACUCCGUAACUUUGGCGGGAUCUUACAGUUCAGUUGGGGAUCGGCAUGUCUG